UGGGGGCCUUCCACACCCGCCACAGGCGCGGUGCCCUUACCCAAGAUGGCUGCCCGACGGCUGUUGCGUCACGUGGUGGCCUCGGCGCUCUCUCCCUCCGUGCGCCACGUGACCCCCGCGGGGCGCUGUGCGAGGAGGCCACGUGGGCGCCGGGCUGAAUAGAUGUGGAAGUCAAAUUCAUCAUGGCUCAGAAGAGGAGCUCAGGUGGGCAGCCGUUCCUGCUGAUGAUGAUCAUUGUUGUGGCCUUUGCACAUUUAACUGUCUGCCCAUUUACAAAAGUGGAGGAAAGCUUUAAUCUGCAAGCAAUCCAUGACAUUGUGUACCACAGACUGGACUUGGAUAAGUAUGAUCACCAUGAAUUUCCUGGAGUUGUCCCAAGAACGUUCCUUGGACCAAUUUUUAUUGCUGCACUUUCCAGCCCAGCUAUAUAUGUACUGUCUAUGUUGCAAAUGUCCAAGUUUUACUCCCAGUUGAUAGUUAGAGCAAGCUUGGGGCUUACUGUGAUUUAUGCACUAUGGAAGUUACAGAAAGAAGUUAGAAAGCAGUUUGGAUCAACUGCAUCAACCAUCUUCUGUCUUAUAACUGUUACUCAGUUUCAUCUGAUGUUUUACUGCACUAGAACUCUUCCCAAUGUGUUUGCACUUCCUCUUGUUCUGCUGGCACUUAUGUUUUGGAUACAACAAAAACAUGGGCUCUUCAUCUGGUUCUCAGCAUUGGCAAUUAUUGUCUUCAGAUCAGAGCUCUGUAUAUUCUUAGGCCUCAUGCUUCUGGUGACAUUAUUAAGUAAAAGACUCUCUAUUUUGAAGAUGCUUUCCCAUGCUAUCCUAGCUGGAGUGUUUUGGUUGGGACUAACGAUUGCUGUGGACUCUGUUUUCUGGGGACAACUUCUGUGGCCUGAAGGGAAAGUGCUUUGGUAUAAUACAAUUUUAAACAAAAGUUCCAGCUGGGGAACUUCCCCCUUCUUGUGGUACUUCUAUUCAGCCCUACCUCGUGCUUUGGGAUGUAGUGUUAUAUUUGUACCUCUAGGUGCAACUGACAAAAGGACUCGGGUGCUACUUCUGCCAACACUGGGUUUUAUUUUCUUGUAUUCAUUUCUUCCACACAAAGAGCUGCGGUUUAUCAUAUACACUUUCCCUGUCUUCAACAUUGUGGCUGCCAAAGGUUGCUCAAGAAUCCUGAAUAACUACAGGAAAUCCUGUCUUUAUAAACUAGGAUCUCUGUUUGUUAUAACACAUCUUCUAGUUAAUUGUGCUUAUUCAGGAGCAUCAUUAUAUGUUUCACAUUUCAACUACCCUGGAGGAGUAGCAAUACAGAAAUUACAUGAGUUUGUGCCUUCAACAGCAGAUGUCUCUGUUCAUAUCGAUGUGACUGCUGCACAAACCGGGGUUUCUCGAUUUUUAGAAAUCAACCCGAAUUGGAGAUAUGACAAAAGGGAAGAUGUUAAACCAGGGGACCAGCUGAUGUUCUCUUAUACACACAUACUGAUGGAAAUGGACCCUAUUCAAAUAUCACAUUACAAGACUACCCACAGGCCAAUGGUGAACAUAUCUGGCAUUGGUAAAAUUGUGUUGAACCUUACAGCACUACCUCCUUUUACUUUAAAUUUAAAACCAAAAUUAACACUGUUGGAAAAACUCCCUGUCUCUUCUUGAUCAGAGAUUUUUAAAUGUCUUCUGACUUAACUGUUGAUGAUUAACUUCCAAGACAACCUUGUUUUGCCAUUCUAGCAAUACUGUUCAGCAGCUGUGGGAAAAAAAGAAAACAAUCUUUGUACUGGUUAGUAUUUGCCUCCAUUCUUUAUUUCUUAUAUAAAUAUCGCAGUGUUCCAACGCUGUAUGUAAAUCCCAUCCAAACCAUUGCUGAGCUAUGUUGUACAUACCACCUUCUUUGCAGCACAUGUAACAAGCUCAGCACUGUUAAAUACAUUCUGCACGUUUGAUUUGGAUAGUUGCUUGUUUCACUUUGAAAGGUGUAUAUGUUCUAAGUGAAUUGUAUGAAAUAGGUACGUGCCACUGAGGUAUUUUUUAUAUGCAAGUCCUCUGUGGUGGUUGAGGAUUUUCUGUAUAAAGAGUGAUUUCUUUCUUCCAAAGGAUUAAGUUGAAAUGAGAAGCUUUAAUAAUAUCAUUUUGUACUGCAGCAAAGCCAUAUUCAUUGUAGCUUAAUCACUAUCCAUAAUUGUGCCCUGCAGGCUGAUGAACUAAUUAAAGUUAAAAAAUCCAUUUGAAGAGCAGUUGCACCUUUUGGCAAGCACCAUCUCUUAUCUGAGCUGAGUGUCACAGGAUGGUUCAUCAUCAUAUAUUCACUGUAGUAAUAAAUCAAAAGGGUAACUUGGCUUUUGGAAGAAAACAUUAGGCAUUCAAUUUUUUUUUUUAGUAGCCUCUUAUUUUCCAAUACAAGGAAACAGUCUUGACCUGUAAUAUACACAUUUAGCUGUAAAAUAUUCUUUUUAGUAAGCUUAAGAGAACAUCUUCUCAUUGUGAAUAAAUCAAAAAGGAAUUCAGUUGUCUGGGAAGACUGUGAAAGGUGAUGUUGCAGAUAGUAUUUCAGAGACAAAUGGACUGUAUUCUGCAGAAAUGGUUAUUUGUCCUUAUGCCUAGAGGUUAUGCAUUAAGACUGAUUCACUUUGUUUUCUUCUGACUGAGAUAUUUUGCUGUGUAAGCUCUUGAUCAAAAUCAGCACUGAGUACUCAUUCUCCUUAAUUAAAAGAGUUUACUGAAGUAAACAACUUAAGCUAUGUGUUAGUUGAAACUGUGAUGUCUUGUUUUCUUAAAAGACUAGUUUUACUGUGGUAAGCCCUGCAGUGAAAAGUCAGUGUUACCAAUAAGCACAAAAACUUGAUGGCAUUCCAGUCGUGAAGUCCGAUAACUGGAUAGUAGUCUUCCUUAUUUUCUAAAAACUUCAAAAGGUGUAAAAUAAAUACAUUUUGUUGAAUAAAAAGCAGUGUUUCAUAUAGGAGCCUACCUAUGCACGCAUACAAAAAUGGCGGAGUUCCAUUUUUAAGAUUCUGCUUUCAAGUUUUCUUCUGUGCUUCAUAGUGUAUUUGAGGAACUAAUAAUACGGGAUGGAACCUGCCCCAGUCUGCCUGGGUGGUUGUGCAGGAAUCCCCACAAUGAGUUUUGGAAAGGCUGACCUGCAAAACUUGUUAGUUCAGUAUUUGGCUUUUCAAAAUUGCCAUUGGUAAGGCACCAUCCAUUUGAUUUCUCUGUCAAAGAAUACUUCCUCCAGAGUGAUUUUCAGCAUUAAAUAAUUCUAGUAGGAAAGAAGGAUAUGCAAGUGUAAGUUUUCAAGAUGCAAAGGCAAUUUUUUUGACCAAGGCUAGAUCCAGUAAAGGAUUUAAGCAUCUUCCCCCAGAGUAGAAUCCAAGGGCCUGAGUGAAGUGCUCCCUGUAUUUUAGGGAGAGUUGCCUCAGGACAAUCCAAAAAUGUGAUACAUUAAGGGAUUUGCCUAGAACUAGCCUAUAGGGAAAACUGAAUGUCUGAAAUCCCACUCCUCUGGAGUUUAGGGACUUCAGUGUACUCAGGAGCCAGAGCCUGGAUUUUUUUUUGUAAUGACAGGGAAGUUUUUUCACUCCAUUUGAAAGAACUGAGCAGAGCUCAUUUAAUACUUUUUAAAUGGGGUUGAAGAUGUUGCUGACCCCCUUUUACCUGGAAUGGUGUAACACAGUGGGUAAAAUCUUUUUACUCAAGACACCCCUCAAAAAAUGCUAGCUCUUAAAGCAUUUGCCCAGCAUUUCCUACUCUCUCCUCAGCUUAGAAGAGUGCACUGACCAGCAGGCUAAAGGCUGGCUUAGGUGCACACUCCUCUUGAAGCUGGGUGACUGGGCAGAAAGGAAUGCAAGAGAAUAUGAGGCAGAGCUAAAAUAAUUUUUGCUUCAAUAUGAUUGACUUUUUGUGAAACUUUAAUUCUUCGUACCUUUCUCAUUAACUGUGAUCUUUUGGAAAGAUGACAUCUAGGCAAAUCAUAUUUGCUACAGUUUUAACUUAAAGUUGUGUGUGUUUUU